AUGGACAACACUGAGCGCUGUAACAAUGGGUAUUCCGACUACAGUCGGAGAAUAGCUGAUCGUCGAGUCUUACCCCUCCUGGUAGUUGGAUUCGCUAGCUAUCAGCUUGACAGAACCAACAUUGCCAGCGCACUCACGGGGAAUUUUGCAACCGUCAUAUCUGUGGACCAAAACAUUAUCAAUCUGGGAAAUCAACUGAUGUUCCUGGGUGUUAUUCUACUGGAGAUACCAUCAAAUGUUAUCCUACACAAAAUUGGCCCUCGCCGAUGGAUCAGCGGACAAGUCUGCGUAUUCGGGAUAGUAGCAUGCCUACAAAUAUUUGUGCACAACAAGUUAGGCUUCCUACUCACUAGAACAUGUUUGGGCCUUGCUGAAGCCGGGUACAUUCCCGGUGCAAUGUAUACACUUUCCACCUGGUAUACCAAGGAAGAGUUAACAAAACGAAUCGCAAUAUUCUUCUUCGGCAUGUUUGGCGGAACGGCGGUUUCUCCGCUUCUUGGAGCUGCUCUCUUGAAACUGGACGGAAAAAAUGGUCUCUUUGGAUGGCAAUGGAUCUUCCUCGUCGAAGGUCUAUUCUCCGUUUUGGUAUCUAUUAUUCUCUUUUGCUUCCUUCCUGAACACAAGCAAGUCUCUGUUUCGUCUGAUCAGGUGGACAUUGCGGAGUCUGGAGGGGUUCGUCUAAAGGAAAAACCAUUGGCCCACCCUGGCAAAACGAACAUAUCAGUCAGAUUAGUUUGGGAGACGUUGACAAACAUGCAGAAAUGGCCGCACUUUAUUGCCACGGGGUGUGUUUUUGCUACAUGGAGCCCUCUCACAACAUAUACCCCGAGCAUUUUUAUGGAGCUGGGUUUUGCUCGAAUUGAAGCAAAUGCAUUUUGUGCAAUCGGAAGUUUGCUUACUCUUCCCGUGAUUUUGCUUUUUGCAUGGAUGAGCGACAAAUCCAACAAACGAGGCCUUACCGUUAUGGUUGCUAUCUUUGCCUACUUGAUCGCGUUGGUAUUUCUAAGAAUUAUGAUGCACCGCGUGGAUAAAUGGGGCAAAUUCGGACUAUGGACUACAGUCAAUGCUUUGGCUGUAGGCUAUCAUCCAAUCCACAAUUCUUGGAUCCAGAUUAACUUCGUCAUGGCAGCUACAGGAGGGCUUAUGGCAGGAACCCAGAUAUUUCGGGCGGACGAGUCGUCUAUAUUGUAA